AUGACACGGCAAGGCUCAAAACGACAUCUGGGUAUUCGGCGGGCUGUGUUCUCCGUUGAUACCCUGGAAGACAGGCGACAGCAUCAUUUCUCCCGACCUGUAUUUGGUGCCCUCCCUGAGCCGAAAUCCGACGCUGGCAGGCUGGCUGGGCACGACCCUAGUUCUGUGGCUGAUGAGCCAAGGCGUAAGGAACUUGACACUACCGAAGAAACUGUUCAUUUGGUUCCCACUAAAAUUGUAGCUGAAUCGGGUCUAAAGGUGAGACUAGAAUGGGCAGAUUCUCAUCACGACAAUUUGGAUGUGGACAAAUGA